GUACUAUAAAAGGAGGUGGAAAAAAAGAAGCAACAACUUUGCCGUCCUAUCAUUUUCACUGACUUCAUACAUUGAAUCUUACUAUAGGCUGCUAGUUAAGAAUGAGUCGAACAAAUAUCUGUUUUCGAAAUAAUAGCAUUUAUUGACAUUAAUAAUAUUAUUAUCUAUUGCUUCUUGUUCAGAUAUUAUUUCUCUUUUUUCAAGCUACUCGAUAAGUUUGCUGAAGACGAACGAAUAGAACAAAUGACCAAAGAACGACGUCGUCUGAAGAUCAUAGAUAAUCGAAGAGCCGUACAAAACCAGAUGGAAGAAAGACAACGGAAACGUGUUGAAGAGGAGAGAAGACUCAAAGAACUUGAGAGAUUGGAAGAGGAUCACAUUCGUUCAAGACUGAAGUUGAUAGAAGAGGAGCGUCUGAGGAUGCUGAGAGAACACGCUACUCACCUCAUCGGAUUUCUGCCAAAGAACCUGCUGCAGUCCAAUGAUUUUCCCCAUCUGGGGUCGUCCAUAGUAGACAGCAGUAGAAAAUAUUCUGAAGAAUAUUCAGGCAGUCAAGAGAAAUGACAUUCCUCUUGUCAGGUCACACCCAAAUUGCAGAAUAUCAUCUAGCAUUUCAGCGUCUCCUUCAUCACCUUCAAAUCCUUCAAAGUCACUGUUUGAAUCCUCCGAAUUAGCUGCAGGUUUAACAUUGACAACAAAGCUGAUAGCGCUAUCUCUUUCUCGCUUUGCUCUGUUGCCGGAUCGUCUUUUAACAAUGUAGAAUUAAUAAUUAAUUAACAAAAUAUUUCAUCUUAAUUAUGAAAAUUCAUUAUGAAAUUAUUGAAAAAUAUGUCUUGCUUAAUAAAAUAUAAUUGAUAAUUUUAAA